AUGGAGAUUCGAACAGAGACGAAACAGAGUAAAGAUAGUGAAGAAGACGAAGAAAACGACGGUGGAGGACGAAAUUACGCUGCUCGGUUUCGUCAAUUAAGCGGUGGUGGUGGUUCGGCGGCGAGGACAACUCCGAGGUUCUUUAAUAGGAAUGGAACCGCCGGAUCUGGUAGUAGUAGCGGAGGGAUUAGAAUUCGGAUACCGACUGGAGUGAGUAUAGCUCAGCCUGGUCCGAGAUUUCCCGCGAGAGCGAUAAAGCUACUUGGAGAUACAUUGUUGAGAUCAGAGCAGGCGAAGAUGGAGAUGACUAGAGAGGUUGAAGCAAUGAGAAUGGAUAUGGAAAUGAAGAGAACGAAGAUGAUAUUGGAAUCACAACAACGAAUUAUUUGUUAG